AUGUCGAGUGACACGUCAGACGAGGUCCCCGCGGCCCUACGCUCCUUGGCCAUGGCAGCUCCUCGUCCUGGCCAGCCCAUGCACCCACCCUCUCGUCCGCUGCCCCCGCGCCGCGCCCGCAUAGGCAUCACCGUCGCCUGUGAGCCCUGCCGCAAGCGCAAGUCAAGAUGCAACGGACAGCGGCCCAAGUGUGCUUCAUGCAUUCACCGCGGCCUCCACUGCCAAUACGUCUCGGCCACCGCUUCCGAAACCAACUCGGAAGCGCUCAAGAGAAAGGUUACGGAGAUGCAGCAGACUAUCGAAGACCACGAGCGUCUCUAUGCUGCCUUGAGGAACAUGAGCGAGCAGGAUUCCCACGCCGUGCUCGACAAACUGCGGCUGGGAGCCGAUGUCAGCACUGUCCUGCGUCAAAUCAAGGAGGGCGACCUUCUGCUCCAGCUAUCCCUAGUUCCCGAAUCACGGAGGCGAUACGAAUUCCCGUACUCCGCCAACAUGCCUGCCUACUUGCAGACCCCAGACAACCCCUAUCUCCGGUCCCCAAUCCACGGCUUCACCAUCAACGACGAAUCCACACUCGGACAGCUCACGUCUCCGCGGCCCGACGACAGGAUACAUCGCUAUCACGGCAUGUACGUGCAGCCAUAUCACUCCGCCAUCAUCAUCGAUGAUCGUCUCGCGGAGAUCGAGCUGUCUCGCUGGACCUCCGUGACGGCGGACAAUAGGCUCAUGAGGAAGAUGCUGCACGCCUACCUACUACACGAAUAUCCGACCUUCCCGGCGCUCAACAAGGACAUAUUCCUCCAAGCUGCCAUCGACAACGACAAACGCUUUUGCUCUCCGCUUCUCGUCAACGCUCUCUUGGCCGAAGCAUCGCACUGUUUCAUUGGCCUCCCCCACCGCGAACAGUUUUGGAACCCAAAGACUGUUGGCUACUCCUUUCUCGCCGAGGCAAAACGCCUAUGGGAGCUUCAAGCGGAUACGACACUCGACCUCCCAACUUUGCAGGCGACCCUAAUUCUACACAUCACGUACAGCAUGCAUGGCAUGGACAAGAUUGGCUUCCCCUAUCUUGUCAGGGCCGUCACGAUGGCAAAGCAACUUCGCCUGCUCGAUGGCAACAAACACAUUCGCAGUACCCGAUUACGACACGCACGCGACUUCACCGCAUGGUGUCUGUUCAACUGGCAGACGUUGAUGGGCUACUACUAUUUCCGCGCCCCCAUCAUCAAGACGCCGCCAGCAUCGACCCUGCCAGACCCUGACCGCCAUCCAUCUUGGUAUGGGGGCCUCGUGCUGAGAUACAGUUUAAACCCAACCUCUUUCCUAUCGCCUCUGGGACACAUGUUCAGUGCUGUGUCGAGGCUCAGGGUCAUCAUCAAUGACCUCGCUAUCCUACAAUUUGGCAACAAAAACUCUCAAGGACCACAGUACUUGACUUCCGAGAGUGUGCGCCAAAUUCUUUCCAGGCUUGAAUUUUGGUACACAAGCCUUCCACCUUCACUGGGCCCUGAUAAUAUUGCCCUACCAUGGCAUUUUAAGCUGCACAUGGAAUACCAGGCUUUAGUCUUUGCCCUAACACAAAUACGGACCGUCGAAGGCAUCCCGUCUCCAGUAUCUCCUGCACCGACCGGCGAGGAAGAUGUGGCGAAAACCGCGCCAGGGAGCGGCUUAAGCGCUCUCGGCCGUCUGGAGACGGUCGCUCGAUUGUACUUUAUCCGACAUAGCUUCGAGUUCUGCGACGCCUUUUUGCUUCUCUUCCUCUCAACGCUUGGAAUGGCAGCGUUGGAGCGCCUGCACGGCUCGGCAGGGAACCCCGACAUGCUCAAGAGCGCCCGUUCUACGCUUGUCCUAAGCAUUAAAGGCCUGCGUGAUCAAGGACAGCACAUUCACAUGGCUGCCGCCACCUAUCGGCUUCUUUGCGAUCGGUUAUCACCCGAUGAAAUGUCGGUGGUUCGAGGGCACGCCCAGUGGAACCCAGUUGAUGAGAACAAGCCACUUGUGGCCCAUCACAUUCAGUCGGAAUGGCCGUUGGCCAUCCUUGGCCGCGACGGCGACCCAGAGGUGUCUUCAUUGGAGGCCCUUGCCAGCAAAUACGAUCGAUUGUCCCUGGAAGAAGCCAAUGACUCCGCAUCACAAGGCUUCCGAUCAGAGUCGGAGUCUGGCUCAGAGGAUCAAUACAUGGAAACAACUUAG